AUGUCACAAUCGUAUGAAGAAACGGUUAAAAGUUAUGACAAGCAAGCCUUCGACAGACCUAGAAAACGAAAACGCCAUCGAAAAAAGAAAAGCAGUCAUAGAGUUCUUCGGAAGGAUAGAGUCGUUGCCAACUCUUGUAUAUUUGAUUUAGAAAACUGUGAAAUUUGUGUACAAAAUAAUUAUUUCAAUAAACUUUUUCAAAGUCGACAGAAUUGCAGACGUGUAUCAGAUGAUGGAAGUGACAUUAUAAACUCGAAUAUCAAAAUACAGUAUCGGACCUCUAAAAUACGAAAGAAACGUACAAAGGAGAAACAAAAUUCGCACAAUUCUGAUAACUUCGGUCCCGAAGUUUUGCAGCUUGGAAGUAACGUAUGUACGGAAACGGGUGUCAUUUCCAAAUCACAGAAAGUUAGAACAAAAACUUCAAAUUCGGAAAACGAAAACUGGAAGGGAAAAUCCAGAAGUUGGCGGAAGCGACACAGGAAAGAUAUUUAUGUGGAUAAUCUUGAAAUGAAGUAUGCCGCGACAAUGGGAGUGUUUAGAUUAUGGAAUAUGGUUAUUGAAAAGGAUAUGAAACUUCAUUCUCAAAGAAUAAAUCUUCAGAAAAAGGAUUCCAAGAUACUUCAACUUUCUAAAAUUCAAAUUUUUAACGAGAACAAAAUACACAAUCUUCAGAAAAGUGAAUACGACCUGACGGAGAGACUGAAGGAAAAAGAAGGCAAAAUGAAUGAAUUAAGAAGAGAUUAUGAAUACAUCCAGGGAUUAUUAGAGGAAAAUCAUGGUUUGACUAUUAACCGAGAGUGCCUCGAUGAUAUCCAAGCUUAUAUUCUGGAAAGCGUCACAAUGAUAAACAGCCUCACAAAUAUGAUUCAAAGUCGCGAAAUUUAA